GCCGCGGUCAGCUGAUUGCCCCGGCUGGCACGUGACUUGCUCCGUAGACGCUGGGGUCGUGAAAGCCGUGGGGCCGGAGCUUAGGUCCGGGAGGGAUGGAGCGCUGAGCCGUUAACGUCUGCCGGGCUGUCCGCCUCCGUACCUGUUAGUGCAGCCACUUCGUCGUUUGACAUCUUCCUGGAGUCCCUUUUGAUUUGGAAAGAAACACUUGGUAACAAAUAUGACUGAGUUCUGGCUUAUAUCUGCUCCUGGGGAGAAAACAUGUCAGCAAACAUGGGAGAAAUUGCAUGCAGCAACUACAAAGAACAAUAAUCUUGCUAUUACUUCAAAAUUUAACAUUCCUGACUUAAAGGUUGGCACACUGGAUGUCUUGGUUGGUUUGUCGGAUGAACUGGCUAAACUGGAUGCAUUUGUAGAAGGGGUGGUUAAGAAAGUGGCUCAAUAUAUGGCUGAUGUAUUGGAAGAUAGUAAAGAUAAAGUUCAGGAGAAUCUGUUGGCCAAUGGAGUUGACUUGGUUACUUAUAUAACAAGGUUUCAGUGGGACAUGGCUAAAUAUCCAAUCAAGCAGUCCCUGAAAAAUAUUUCUGAAAUAAUUGCCAAGGGAGUGACUCAGAUUGACAAUGACCUGAAAUCUAGAGCAUCCGCAUAUAAUAACUUGAAAGGGAAUCUUCAGAAUUUGGAACGGAAGAAUGCAGGAAGUUUGCUAACUAGAAGUUUAGCAGAAAUUGUGAAGAAGGAUGACUUUGUUCUUGAUUCAGAGUAUCUCGUCACAUUACUGGUCGUGGUUCCCAAGUUAAACCACAACGACUGGAUUAAGCAGUAUGAAACACUAGCUGAAAUGGUAGUUCCAAGGUCUAGCAAUGUACUCUCAGAGGACCAAGACAGUUACCUUUGCAAUGUCACCUUGUUUAGGAAGGCAGUUGAUGACUUCAGACACAAAGCCAGGGAAAACAAAUUCAUCGUUCGUGACUUCCAGUAUAAUGAAGAGGAGAUGAAAGCAGAUAAAGAAGAAAUGAACAGGCUUUCUACUGACAAGAAAAAGCAGUUUGGACCACUUGUACGGUGGCUGAAAGUAAAUUUCAGUGAGGCGUUUAUUGCGUGGAUUCAUGUGAAAGCGUUGAGAGUUUUUGUUGAGUCUGUCUUAAGGUAUGGCUUGCCCGUGAACUUCCAAGCAAUGCUCCUUCAGCCCAAUAAGAAAACAAUGAAGAAACUAAGAGAAGUAUUAUAUGAAUUGUAUAAACAUCUAGACAGCAGUGCGGCAGCUAUUAUUGAUGCUCCUAUGGAUAUUCCAGGCUUAAACCUGAGUCAGCAGGAAUACUACCCCUAUGUGUACUACAAGAUUGAUUGCAACUUGCUGGAAUUCAACAGAUUCACCCUUAGAACAGAUUUUCAUCCGGGCCCCGUGACGUGGAGAAAAAGGGAACAAGACAAUACUCAAUAGGAUCAUUAAGGAUAAAUCAGCUUUGCUACUCUGCCACCUAAAGAAGCAUUCUACAUUAUUAUUAAUCAGCAGAACCAGAAAGUUCUGCCUCCGCAGAAACUGAUGAAUGCAGGUGUCUUCUACCCUGGCAAGGCCAUAGAAUAUCAAAUUGAAAUUUGCAAAAAUAACCUAAAGUGACCAGAAUCACAUUUCUAUCCUUUAUAUGAAAACCCACUUUGGGAAUGAUUUAUCACUGCUUAUAAGAGUGUAAAAGAACAACCAAAACAGAUUUUCAGAGAAUGGUUUGUAUGAGGAAACAAGAGGAUAUUAAGAAAAAAGUGAAAACAGUUGGGUGCAGCAAAGAUAAUUGUUGAUUUCAGACUGAAAAAGGAAAAACUGUAUAUAUUUGAACUUCGAAAUAUUUUUUUUUAACCAGAGGAUGAACAGAAACUAUCCAGAAUAUCAAAUCCAGAGAGCAGCUUUGAUGUAUUUUGCUGUUUCCUAGGUAUGUGGAUGACCUCUUUGGAUGGUUCUGUGACAAAUCAUUCUUAAAUUACCUUUUAUCACCACCACAACUUGCCAGAUCUUAACUAUCUUGGUACAUAGUUGGGUUGAUUCUCAGAGUAGGUACAGGUCAGUCCAGUUUUUAAGGUGAGAAGCAGAAAGUCACUUUUUUUUGUUUUUUGUUUUAAAGAAAUUGUGACUACACAGGUACUAUAUUUCACCACAAGAGGGCGCUCUGGUGCCAUCUAGAAGCAAACAGGUAGUUUAACCCCCAACUCCCCUUCAUGGUUUGUUUACGAAACAUACAGUCAAUUUAGAGAAGCCCGCAAAAACUAGGUAAUGUUCUGAUUUGGAAUAUUUUGUUACAAGCAUUUAUUCAUAUAAAGGUCUCAGAAAAUUCUA